AUGCAUUUCCCGACAUUGCUGACGGCAUCGCUGGCGGCUGGCGCGCUUGCGCAGUCCGUGUCGGUCUCCAACCCGCACAAGAGAGCGAAGAAGGUGGUCAAGCGAGCUCCCUUGCAGCGUGAUGCCUUGCCUCUGGCGAAGCGACAAUCGCCAAGCUACUUGACGCCUCAGACCGAGCCAUUCGAGGUCAACGGCACCGGUAUCCCCGAAGUCAACUUCGACAUUGGCGAGUCGUACGCCGGCACGCUGUCCAUCGACGGCAAUGCCACCAACGAGAACCAACUGUUCUUCUGGUUCUUUCCCUCCGACAACCCGGCCGCCUCGGACGAAAUCACCAUCUGGUUGAAUGGCGGUCCCGGAUGCAGCUCGCUGGAUGGCCUCCUCCAGGAACACGGCCCCUUCCUCUGGCAGAGCGGGACCUACGCCCCGCAACGCAAUCAGUUCUCCUUCACCAACCUGACCAAUAUGGUAUAUAUCGACCAGCCCAUCGGUACAGGCUUCUCCCCGGCUGCAGCCGGCGCGCCUGGGAAGAUCAGGAACGAAACCGACGUGGCUCGACAAUUCGCGGGCUUCUGGAAGAACUUUAUGACGACCUUCAACAUGACUGGCCGCAAGGUCUACCUGACCGGCGAAUCGUACGCGGGCAUGUACAUCCCGUACAUUGCGAGCUAUUUCAUCGACCAGAACAACACCGACUAUUACAACGUCGCCGGCAUCCAGAUCAACGACCCGAGUAUCGGGCUCGACUCGGUCCUGACUGAGGUUCCUGCCGUGACGCACCUGAACAACUACGCCAAUGUGUUUGGACUCAACCAGACGUUCAUGACCGCGAUCAACAAGCGGGCCCACGACUGUGGAUUUCCUCAGUACAUGAACAACGCAUUGACCUUCCCUCCCAAGGGCAAGUUCAAGGAACCCGUCAACGCCACCAACGAGAACUGCUACAUCUGGGAAGACAUCAUCGCCGCGGCCAUCUACGUCAACCCGUGCUUCAACUUCUACCAUCUGACUGACUUCUGCCCCUUCCCCAACGACGAAUUAGGGUUCCCCUCCGAAGGCGACGGCCCCAACAACUACUUCAACCGCACCGACGUGCAACAGGCCAUUCACGCCCCUCCCACCUCCUACGCCAUCUGCGGCGACCCGACGCUCUUCCCCAAAGGCGACCCGUCGGCGCCCUCGUCCUUCACCGUUUUACCACAUGUCAUCGAACACACCAACAACGUCAUCGUGGGUUCCGGCCUGCUCGACUAUCUGUUACUGACCAACGGCACGCUCAUGACCCUCAACAACAUGACCUGGAACGGCAAGCAAGGGUUCCAGACCAAACCGUCGGGCCAGUUCUUCGUGCCGUACAACCCGACGAUCGGGUACGCAUUUUAUGAGACCUUCACGCAGGCCCAGAUCCCCGAACUGCCUGUGGGGUUGGUCGCUGGCGGAGGCAUCCUGGGCACGACGCACACGGAGCGCGGCCUCACGUGGGUGACCGUCGAUUUGGCCGGGCAUGAGAUCCCCCAGUACGUGCCCGGCGCCAGUUAUCGGCAGUUGGAGCUGUUGUUGGGGCGGAUCAAGAGCCUCACGCAGAUCGAUCCGCACUUCACGACGCAGAGCGGGAAUUACUCUGGGAGUACGCCUUUGUAG